GAGCACCAUCACCUCCCGCAGGAGAUGGAGCAUCACCAUCGAGCCAAGGCCAGAGAGCAUCACCAUUUGUCCAAGGGCAGAGAGCACCAUCACCUCCCGCAGGAGAUGGAGCAUCACCAUCUAGCCAAGGCCAGAGAGCACCAUCACCUCCCGCAGGAGAUGGAGCAUCACCAUCUAGCCAAGGCCAGAGAGCAUCACCAUUUGCCCAAGGCCAGAGAGCACCAUCACCUCCCGCAGGGGACGGAGCAUCACCAUCUACCCAAGGGCAGAGAGCACCACCAUUUGUCCAAGGGCAGAGAGCACCAUCACCUCCCACAGGGGACGGAGCAUCGCCACCUGCACAAGACCAAUAAUCCCAGUCAUCUAGAUCUCGAUAACAGAAAGAGAAGAAGAAGACAGUGUCAUUCAGAAAGCCGUGACGCUGGAACUAUGUGGUCGUAACUCUAUCUACAACAUAC